CUGACCUUAUUUGGAGCAAAAUAUUGACCACUCACAUUAGUCACUCACCUUCUUAUCUGGAUUUUUAUUUUAUAUACUUAUUUCUUUUUUCAAACGACACUGAUAUCACCAAAGCCUUACAAAUGUGCACAAACUUCCUCAGUCUUUAUUAGGUUGUCAUAAAAUGUGCGACUGGUUCGCGUGGUCUCUCGUGCAGAAGAACGCGAGCUCAUCCAGUGGAUGUGAGCGCAGAUGUUGCUCGUCGCGCCCGAGGAGCCUCACACACUCUUCAUCCUCCUCUCUCCCCAUGGCGAGAAAGACCUUGGCUUGGUUAGUGCUGUGAAAUGUGGUGUUUCAAUCAUGGCACGGGGUCUGAUACCGUGGAUCUGGCUGAAGCGACCCGUCUAUAUCCAGGCCCGGUUCUCCUACCUACACAUGAAGUACCUGUUUUUUUCCUGGUUGGCUGUUUUCGUGGGAAGCUGGGUGGUGUACGUGGAAUACUCUUCAUACACCGAGCUGUGCCGUGGACAUGAGUGCAAGAAUUCUAUCUGCGAUAAAUUUCAGAAAGGGGUGAUCGAUGGUUCAGCCUGCAACAGCUUGUGCGAGAAGGACACUCUUUACUUGGGAAAGUGUCUCUCUGCCAAACCCAGCAAUCAGGUAUAUUCUGGCAGUUGGGGAGAUAUGGAAGGAAUCAUAAAGUGCCAGAUGGAGGAGGACCCUCAUUAUGAUCUGGGUGUAGAACUGGAGCCCCGAAAGGAAUCCGCCUCCUUUAACAGGCCAACCAAAGGGACAUCAAUGGAGAAGUUCAAAGAGAUGGUCUUCAGCCAUCUAAAGGCAAAAGUAGGAGACCAAGCCAACUUAGCCGAUUUGGUGACCCUUGUGCUCGGAGUUGCAGACAGCAACAAGGAUGGCCAGAUUUCCCUGUCAGAAGCACAUUCAGCUUGGGCUUUACUGCAGGUAAAUGAAUUCCUCCUGUCCAUCGUGCUGCAGGAGCGAGAGCACACUCCCAGACUCCUGGGCUUCUGUGGGGACUUGUAUGUGAUGGAGAAGGUGCCUUAUGUACCGCUCUAUGGCGUCAGUCUUCCAUGGAUGGUAGAGCUCUGGAUUCCAGCCAGCCUGCGGCGAAGCAUUGACCAGUGGGCCGCUCCAUCCUGGCCACGCAAGGCUAAGAUAGGCAUCGGCCUGUUUGAGCUCGUCGAGGACGUCUUCCACGGCACAUUUGGAAGUUUCCUCAUGUGUGACGUAAGCGCAGCGGGAUUUGGUUAUACAGAGCGCCACGAUAUAAAGGUGGUAGACGCAAGACGUAUUGUCCCCGAAGCUGCUUUUCAGGAGGUGAUGCGUGAAAGGCGGUGCGAAGAGGAUAGUGACUGUAUGUACGGACGGGACUGCCUCACUUCCUGUGAUCUCACUAAACAUCGCUGCACUCCGGAGGUCACACAGCCCAAUCUUGCUAAAGUAUGUAGCACACUGAAGGACUAUCUUUUGUAUGGCGCACCAUCAGACAUUAAAGACGAACUGGAGAAACAGUUGUACGCCUGCAUUGCUCUCAAAGGCUCCAGCGAACAAAUGGAAAUGGAACAUUCCUUGAUUCUCAACAACCUCAAAACUCUGCUUUGGAAGAAGAUAUCUCACACAAAGGACUCGUAAUGAUAUAUAGAACUAAGUUAUUGUUCUUAUAUAUAGAACACUGAAGAUAUGAACAAGACUGGGACUGUCUGAUAUUAGACUUCCCGUGAUUUGCCUAGCAUAAUAUGUUUUUGUUUUUUUUUUGGCCUGCAUUUGCAGAGUACUGUCAAUAUAGCCUUUCUGGCAUCUUGUUUUGUUACAUUACCCAGUCUUGACUCAAUCCCAAAUUAUAAAAGCUUCGGCUGCAGAGAGAUACUGCCUCUGCUAAUGCAUGUCCUCCACUGCCAAGAGAAAAUGCCAAAUUUUAAUUCUUACUGCGGAUUCUUGUUCAGGAACCAGAGACAAUCAAACUGUGUCUAGUCCAGAGGUUUUCAAACUGAGACAGAGGACCCCGAUUUGACAGAAUAUAAUUGUUUUUUUACGAAAUAUGUAUUUUUAGGGCAGUCUAAGAUAACUUAAAUGGAUAGUUCAUCAAAAAAUAAAACCGGCAAGAUCUUCGCUCAUAUUUGGAACACAAAUUAAGAUAUUUUUGAUGAUAUCCGAGAGAUUUCUGACAGAAAUGCAACUGACACGUUUAAGGCCUAGAAAAUUAGUAAGGACAUUGUUAAAAUAGUCCAUGUGACUUCAACCACAGUAUUGUGAAGCAACAAGAAUACUUUUUGUAAAAAAAAUGUUUGUAAAAUUAUUUAUUCAAUAAUUUUAAUAAAUUCAAUAAUUCAAAAAUUAUUUAUUCAAUAAUUUUAAUCUAAAAUGUGUGUUACGAAGAUGAACAAAGGUCUUGCGGGUUUGAAAAGACAUGAGGGUGAGUAAUUGAUAGAAUUUUCAUUUUUGGGUGAACUAUCCCUUUAAAUUGAGAAACAAGCAAAUUUUUAACCAUUUUUUAUGAUUUCUAAAGAUUGGUCAUCUGGCUUUUAUUUUAAAUGUGUGUACAUAUAUUAUUAUUAUGAAUAGUGGAAAGUUCUAAACCUAAUAUGAAGUAAAUUCCGUUCAUAUAAUCUUUUAACAAUUUGUUUUGGCUUUAGUACAGUGAAAACAUUUCUUUAUACAUAAAAAUAUACAUGUCAUUUUAACAGGGAUAAUUUAAGAAUGACUUGGCAUCAGAAAUUUUGAAAACCCCUGCUCUAGUUUUCAGAAGAUAUACAAUUCAGAUUUCAGAACGCUUCUAUCUUCCAUCCAGUUUAACUACAAAGGAUCUGAAAAUUACUUGCAUGAAUUAUAAUUUUCAGACUAAACACUGUUACUCAACACAAUAGGUUAAAACAAUUACACUGUCAAUCAAUUUUUUCAGUUCAAGUCAAACUGCCACAAACAAAAGUAGGUUUAAUUAGAUUUUAAAAAGGCAAGAUGUGUGCAUAAGAGUUUGUUACUUUUAAAGGAUUACUACACUUACAGAAUAAAAGUUUUCUGAUAAUUUACUCACCAUCAUAUCAUCCAAGAUGUUCAUGUCUUUUUUUUCAGUCACAAAGAUGUUAAGUUUGAGGAAUUAUAUUCCAUGAUUUUUUUCAAAUACAGUGGACUUUAAUGGGCUCUAAACAAUCCUAGCUGAGGAAUAAUGCUCUUAUCUACUAAAACGAUCAGUCAUUUUCUUAAAAAAAAAAAAUUCCCCAAAUGCUAAUUUUGUUUAGCUCUGUGUAUAGCCCUUUUAAGCUGCACCGAAACUGCAUUUUUAACCUCCAAUCCGUUGAGCACCAUUGACAUCCACUAUAUGGUGAAAAAUCCUGGAAUGUUUUUCUCAAAAAACAAUUUCUUUACGAAUGAAGAAAGGCAUGGACAUCUUGGAUAACACGGGGGUGAGUAAAUUAUCAGGAAUUUUGUAUUUUGGAUGUGGAGUACUCCUUUAAUAGGCCAUUUUCAGCCUUUACACCACAUCUUUGUUUUAAAUGCAUUUGUAUGUACCGGGCUGGUGAACUCCGGUCCUGGAGAGCCGCAGCUCCAGCUCCGUUCAGCUCCAACCCUAAUUAAAACUCACAUGCCUGUUGCUUUUUAGCAGCCCUUCAGACCUUGAUUAGCUUGUUCAGGUCCGUUUGAUUAGGGUUGAAGCAAAACUAUGCAGGGGUGCGGCUCUCCAGAAACGACGUUUGCCACCCCUGGUAUAUACACACUAACACCCUUAUCCAAGUUAGGACUCAGGGCCCUUCACAACAUUAAAAAAAAAAAUUUAAACUUCAAA